UUAGCAAUUAUUGUAUUCAGUAAUAUAGCAACAUGCCUGUGAGUAUCUGUGGUACCUGGGAAAUGGUCAGCAAUGUCAACUUUGAUGGAUACAUGAUUGCCCUGGGGAUCAGCCCCACCACGCGGAAGAUCGCCCUCAAGCUCAAACACAGGAAGGUGGUGGAGCAGAGAGGGGAUGUCUACGUGGUGAAGACCAUGAGCACGCUGAGGAACUACACUAUCUCCUUCAGGCUGGACGAGGAGUUCCAUGAGUUCACCAAGGGCCUGGACGAGAGGAACUGCAAGUCACUGGUUACCUGGCAGGACAACAAGCUGGUGUGCAUGCAGAAGGGCGAGAAGAAGAACCGGGGCUGGGCACACUGGGUGGAGGACGACAAACUUCACCUGAUAUCUAUGCACUGUGAAGAUCAAGUCUGCAAGCAAGUUUUCAAAAAGAAUGCUUGA